AUGUUUUAUGUUUAUGGGUUUUAUUGGGCCAUAUUAAAAAUUAAAAUUAUGAUAUUUUCCAGCUCAUAUCUUGGCCCAUUUUCCAAAAAAUCUAAUCCUUUCAUCUUCCUCACUCAUUCCUCUAGACACCAGCCUCCACCAAACGACCAUCUCUACCACCAUGGCACCAAAUCGUCAUCCUCCUCCACCAAAUCAUCCUCAUCCUCAACCUCCACCGAAACAACCGCUGCCUCUAUCUCUUCCUCUUCUCCUUGGCGUUGGAUUCACUCUUUCGUUGCAGAUUUGGAGCUGUUUUUUCUGGGAAGAAUCUUGGUGGUGAAGUUCGGUUGCUUGUGUUCGGGAGGAGAGAAGAUGAUAAAAAAAACCGGAUCAGAUCCGGAUAUCCGCGGAUACUCGUACUUUUUCACGGACUUCAGGAUCCCGAAUAUCAGGGGUUGGCGGAUACGGAUCCGGAGACUGAAAUGACGGAUCCGCCUGUUACGGAUACGGAUCCGGAUACCUCCAAAAUACCGGAUAUCCGGAUCCGUAACAGGCCUAUUUGAUAUAGAUGUACAAACAAAAUCAGUAUAUCUUUUUCCCAUGUGUUGCUUUCUCAUAAAAAUUAAAUUGGUACAAAUAUACUUUUGUUUCGGGUUUCUAACAUCUUACUUUAUUAACUUGAAUCAGGAAUUAGAAUUACAUAGUUAUCAAUAAACAUAUACAUAUACAACCAAUAUUUAGAUAGAAAAAACUAAUCGAAAAAGUAAAAUAUCAAAGAUUUUUUUCAAACAGAGAUUUAUUAUUAUUGU